AUGGUCGACCCUAACCAACAAUCUCAGGCUGAUAUAGACAACGAACUGUCCACUCAGAUUCAAUAUCGCUUAAUCGAAAAGCUAUCUGAGUCUGAAAAGCGCUAUCGCACUCUCAUUGAGAACCUAAAGGAGGUCGUUUUUGAAUGUAACGCCUCUGGAGAAUUCACUUUAUUAAAUCGUGCCUGGACAGUCACCUUAGGGUAUCCAAUCAAAUCGAGUUUAGGAAAAAGUCCGCAAGAAUUUUUAGUUCCUGAGGAUAGAACUGUUUGGAUCCAGGCUCUAGAAAUGCCCACCGAUGUCCAAGGGCUCUGCAGCGAGCUUAGAUUUCUGAAUCAGGACGGUGGAGUUGUUUGGCUGGAACUUUCUCUCAUUAGCAAACUCAACCAUGGGGAAAAGGUUUUCUCUGGCUCACUGAUCAAUAUUACUGAUCGAAAGCAAGCGGCAUUAUCCUUAGAAUCCAUUAACAUAGCGUUAGAGGGUCGGGUCCAGGAAAGAACCCAAGACUUAACUCAAGCCAAUGAAAAGCUCAAAAAGACCCUUGAUGAGUUAAAGGAGACCCAAACUCAGCUAAUACAAGCUGAGAAGAUGUCAAGCUUAGGGAAGCUUGUUGGCGGUCUAGCACAUGAAAUCAAUAAUCCCACCCAUUUUAUCCAUGGCAAUAUGUUCCAUUUAGAGCA